CGUGUGGGCCCUUCAAGCCGGGCGGCGUGGGGUGAACUAGGUGCAUUGUACAGUGUAGUUAAUUUAUUAUUGUUUCUCUUGCUCCGUGAGCUCGCUCCCACACCACCCGGUGCAGCUGUCUUCCACUCUCUGUCGCCUUCCUUCUAAGACAGAAACAUGGCCAGUUAUCUUCGAGUAGUCACCUCCGUCUGUAAGUCCUCUGCAGCAGCCUUUGGCAAGAACCCUGGAGCCCUCGCCCCGGCCCUGAGCCAAAAAGUGCAGCCGCAGAGAAACUAUGCUGACAAGCGUAUCAAGGUGGCAAAUCCAGUGGUGGAGAUGGAUGGUGAUGAGAUGACACGUAUUAUCUGGGAAUUCAUCAAGGAAAAGUUGAUUCUUUCUAAUGUUGAUGUUGAGCUGAAAUACUUUGAUCUUGGUCUUCCAUACCGUGACCAGACAGAUGACCAGGUCACCAUAGACUCUGCCCUAGCCACUUUGAAAUACAAUGUUUCAGUGAAAUGUGCCACUAUCACCCCUGACGAAGCCAGAGUGGAAGAGUUUAAGCUGAAGAAAAUGUGGAAGAGUCCCAAUGGUACAAUCAGGAACAUCUUGGGUGGAACAGUAUUCCGUGAGCCAAUUAUUUGCAAAAACAUUCCUCGUCUUGUUCCUGGAUGGACACAGCCAAUUACCAUAGGCAGACAUGCCCAUGGUGACCAGUAUAAAGCCACAGACUUUGUUGUGGAUAAGGCUGGCACUUUCAAAAUGGUUUUUACACCAACUGAUGGAUCAUCCACAAAAGAAUGGGAGGUGUUUAAGUUUCCUGCAGGAGGUGUUGGCAUGGGAAUGUACAACACUGACGAGUCUAUUUCUGGCUUUGCACACAGCUGCUUUCAAUAUGCCAUUCAGAAGAAGUGGCCUCUGUACUUGAGCACCAAGAAUACAAUUUUAAAGGCUUAUGAUGGCAGGUUCAAGGACAUCUUUCAAGAGAUCUUUGAGAAGAACUACAAAGCAGAGUUUGAUAAAGUGAAAAUCUGGUAUGAACAUAGAUUAAUUGAUGACAUGGUAGCACAGGUUCUGAAGUCUUCUGGUGGUUUUGUUUGGGCUUGCAAGAACUAUGAUGGGGAUGUUCAGUCUGACAUUUUGGCUCAAGGCUUUGGUUCACUUGGCUUAAUGACAUCAGUCCUGGUUUGUCCAGAUGGAAAGACUAUUGAAGCAGAAGCUGCUCAUGGAACAGUCACUCGUCAUUACAGGGAGCAUCAAAAGGGAAGACCCACAAGUACAAACCCCAUUGCCAGCAUCUUUGCUUGGACAAGAGGCUUGGAACACAGAGGCAAACUGGAUGGAAACAAAGACUUGAUUGACUUUUCUUUGAAACUAGAGAAGGUUUGUGUUGAGACUGUAGAAAGUGGAGUUAUGACAAAGGAUUUGGCUGGCUGUAUACAUGGAGGCUUCAGCAAUGUACGACUGAAUGAACAUUAUGUGAACACAACAGAUUUCUUGGAUGCCAUUAAGACCAACCUUGACAAAGCACUUGGAAAAAACUAGAGCAUACUGUAGUGAACAGCCAGUUUUUACCUCAUUUUUUAACCUUUCAAGAUAGGAAAUGCACCAUUUGGCGCUGGAACAAACUUUUUACUUAUUUAAUGCUGGUUAUAUCUGAGACACCUUGAAUCACCACAAGCGGACGAGGGAAGGCAUUUAGAGCGGCCUUUAAGGGUUUAGUGCCAGACAGCAAAGUUUACCCGCACCUUCUUUAUACAGACUAACUUGUUGGUGCAAUGUAUAGCAAAUAUUAAAUCCACUGUUAUACUGGUUAA